UCCGCCAUCGCUGUAGAGCCCGUGAGUGAGAUUCAGGGACUCAAACCUGGGGGGGAAAGAGGGCGAAAUCUGUCCGCGUUUGCCUCAGCAAACCCGUCCUAACAUCUGUUGAUGGCAUCGCUCCCUAACCCAAACAUGUCCAACCUCAAACCCAAGAAAGACACCAAGAUGCGGAUCCGCGCCUUCCCCAUGACUAUGGAUGAGAAGUACGUCAAUAAUAUCUGGGAUCUUCUGAAGAACGCCAUACAGGAGAUCCAGAGGAAGAACAACAGCGGCCUGAGCUUCGAGGAGCUCUACAGGAACGCAUACACCAUGGUGUUACACAAACAUGGGGAGAAGCUCUACACAGGCCUGAGGGAGGUUGUCACUGAACACCUCAUCAACAAAGUAAGAGAAGACGUACUGCACUCAUUAAACAACAAUUUCCUGCAAACGUUAAAUCAGGCGUGGAAUGAUCACCAGACGGCCAUGGUCAUGAUUCGAGAUAUCCUGAUGUACAUGGACCGGGUGUAUGUUCAGCAGAAUAAUGUGGAGAACGUCUAUAAUCUGGGCUUGAUCAUCUUCAGAGAUCAGGUUGUGCGGUACGGCUGCAUCAGAGAUCAUCUCAGACAAACUGUUCUGGACAUGAUCGCUCGAGAACGCAGAGGAGAGGUGGUUGACAGGGGGGCCAUCAGGAAUGCUUGUCAGAUGCUGAUGGUUUUAGGAUUAGAAGGUCGUUCGGUCUACGAGGAGGAUUUUGAAAUCCCCUUCUUAAACAUGUCUGCAGAGUUCUUUCAGAUGGAGAGUCAGAAGUUCUUGGCAGAGAACAGCGCCAGCGUCUACAUCAAGAAAGUGGAGGCUCGGAUAAACGAAGAGAUCGAGCGAGUGAUGCACUGCCUGGACAAAUCCACCGAGGAGCCCAUCGUGAAAGUGGUAGAGAGAGAGCUCAUCUCCAAACACAUGAAGACCAUCGUAGAGAUGGAAAACUCGGGGCUGGUCCAUAUGCUCAAGAACGGCAAAACAGAAGACCUGGCGUGCAUGUAUAAGCUGUUCGGUCGGGUUCCGAAUGGGCUUAAGACGAUGUGCGAGUGCAUGAGCUGGUACUUGAGAGAACAAGGCAAAGCGCUGGUGUCAGAGGAAGGAGAAGGCAAAAAUCCUGUUGACUACAUACAGGGUUUAUUGGACUUGAAGUCGCGAUUUGACCGGUUCCUGCAGGAGUCCUUUAACGAAGACAGGCUCUUCAAACAGACUAUAGCCGGAGACUUUGAGUAUUUCCUCAAUCUCAACUCCAGGUCCCCCGAAUACCUCUCGCUCUUCAUUGACGACAAAUUGAAGAAAGGAGUGAAAGGGCUAACAGAACAGGAGGUGGAGUCUAUCCUGGACAAAGCCAUGGUGUUGUUCAGAUUCAUGCAGGAGAAAGACGUGUUUGAGCGCUACUACAAACAGCACCUGGCUAGAAGACUCCUUACCAACAAGAGCGUCUCAGACGACUCGGAGAAAAACAUGAUCUCCAAAUUAAAGACGGAGUGUGGUUGUCAGUUCACCUCUAAACUGGAGGGCAUGUUCAGAGACAUGAGCAUCUCUAAUACCACGAUGGAUGAAUUCCGCCACCACCUACAAACAUCACAGGUUUCUCUCUGUGGCGUUGACCUCACAGUGAGAGUUCUGACCACAGGUUAUUGGCCCACACAGUCGGCCACGCCCAAAUGCAACAUCCCAAACUCCCCUCGCCACGCCUUCGAGGUCUUCAGAAGGUUUUAUUUGGCUAAGCACAGCGGCAGACAGCUCACACUCCAGCACCACAUGGGCUCUGCGGACCUCAAUGCCACCUUCUAUGGCGCUAUUAAGAAGGAGGAUGGCUCAGAUGUUGGUGUGGGAGGGGCUUUGCUAACAGGCUCAAACACACGCAAGCACAUUCUACAGGUUUCCACUUUCCAGAUGACUAUUCUCAUGCUCUUCAACAACAGAGAGAAAUGUACCUUUGAGGAGAUCCAGCAGGAGACAGACAUCCCUGAGCGGGAGUUGGUGCGGGCACUGCAGUCUCUGGCCUGCGGGAAACCCACCCAGCGUGUUCUCACGAAAGAGCCCAAGAGCAAAGAGAUUGAAAGCGGCCAUGUGUUUACAGUCAACGAUCAGUUUUCCUCCAAACUGCACAGAGUCAAAAUACAAACAGUUGCUGCUAAACAAGGUGAGUCAGACCCGGAGCGGAAGGAGACACGACAAAAAGUGGAUGAUGACAGGAAGCAUGAAAUUGAGGCUGCCAUCGUACGCAUCAUGAAAUCCCGAAAGAGGAUGCAGCACAAUGUUCUGGUGGCAGAGGUGACCCAGCAGCUGAAGGUGCGGUUUCUGCCGAGUCCCGUGGUAAUCAAAAAGCGCAUUGAAGGACUCAUAGAAAGAGAAUAUUUGGCUCGGACGCCAGAGGAUCGUAAAGUGUACACGUACGUCGCGUAGUGGAUGGCGUCUCCGCACAAGGAGAUGAAUGAAAAAAGAUUUUGGACUGCUCUUCGCAUGGACUGGGAAGUUCCUUUUAAAAAAGAUGGACUCUGGGUAGCGGAUCUCAUUUAAAUACGCAAACCAAUGAAUCAUAAAGCAUACAAUCAGAAAAUAAUCAGGAGGCAAAAUAAGAAAUCCAUUAUGUGUUGUAGAUUAUUUUUAAAUAGCUCACUCUUACGAGAAUCUCAGCUAUGAAUGGAUCCAGCUUCAGUCUUUUCACCGUUUUACCCUCAUAGAGAUGAAAUGAAAAGAAUCCCUUGGGAAAUGUGAAUGCACUGCACAUGUUGUUGUUUUUUUCAGUACUGUAUAAAAGGCGGAAUUAUUAAAAACCCAAACAAAACGGCCAGUACACGGCUACCAAAUAAGACAAAAAAAAUUAAAUAAAAAAUGUUGAUAUUGAA